AUGGUUUCCUGCCGUGCCUGCAACCCCAGGCUGCUGGUGGCCCUUGUGUUUGGGUUGCUGAUGACCAUCGUUCUGGGGCUGGCCAUCUGGAGGCUCGUGAUCAGGAUCCAGAGAGAAGCAAUUGCUCCUCCAUCAAGCAUCCCCAUAGAGUUCUGCCAGAAUGGUGGAACCUGGCAAAAUGGCAGAUGUCUUUGUACAGAAGAGUGGAAAGGAUGGAGAUGUACAAUUGCUAAUUUCUGUGAAAAUAGUACAUACAUGAGUUAUACUUUUGCCAGAAUUCCUGUAGGCAGAUAUGGACCUUCCUUGCAAACAUGUGACAAGAACACUCCCAAUGCGGGCAGUCCACUGGCAAUCCGACUGUGUGGUCUGUCUCUGUAUGGAGAGAUAGAACUGCAAGAUGUGAAAAAAGGGAAUUGUGAUGAAAAUCUGGAAACUCUGGAGGGGAAGAUAGAUGAUAUCCCAACAGAAUCUGAGAGUAUUUCUAACCACACCCAGAUUUUAACAUCUGAUGCCAGCAUAUUGACUGCUGAGAACAUUACUUCUGCUACUGAAGUGGUUGGACAGAUCUUCAAUGCAUCCAGAAAUGCUGCACCUGAGGCAAAAAGAGUUGCAGUGACGACAGUGAGUCAAAUUCUAGAUGCCAGUGAAGAUGUUUUUCAAAGAGCUGCUGCUGCUGAUAAUGAUGAUUCCUUUGCAACGCUUAUUGAGCAAAUGGAGAGUUACUCCUUAUCUUUGGGUGAUGAAUCAGUGGUGGAACCCAAUGUAGCUGUACAAUCAGUUAAUAUCUCCUCAGAAGGCUCUCUGGGCUCCACAAGUGUUCGCUUCUCUGUGGAGAAAGGAAGUAGUGAUUCUCUAGUUUCUGGUUCAACAUCAGUAGAAACAAACGUGGACAGUCUGAAUCCCAAUGACAGGACUGAACUUCAGAUCUUGCUCAAUACGACAAAAAAUGCCCAGACAUGUGGCUUUGUGGUGUAUCAAAACAGCAAGCUUUUCCAGUCAAAAACGUUUAUAGCUAAAUCCAAUUUUAGUCAAAAAAUUAUCUCAUGUACAACUGAUGAAAAUGAGCAAGAUCAGAGCGCGUCAGUUGAAAUGGUCUUUAGUCCAAAGUAUAACCAGAGAGAAUUCCAACUCCAUUACUACGCCUGUGUCCAUUGGAAUUUUUUAACAAAGGAUUGGGACACAUAUGGCUGUCACAAAGACAGGACCACUGAUGGAUUCCUGCACUGUCGCUGCAACCAUACUACCAAUUUUGCAGUAUUGUUGACUUUCAAAAAGGAUUAUCAAUAUCCUGAAUCACUAAAUGUAAUAUCCAAUAUUGGAUGUGCACUCUCCAUUGCUGGUCUGGUUCUCACAAUUAUAUUUCAGAUUCUCACCAGGAAAGUCAGAAAAACCUCAAUAACUUGGGUGUUGGUCAGUCUGUGUACAUCAAUGCUGAUUUUCAACCUCCUCUUUGUGUUUGGAAUUGAAAACUCCAAUAAGAACUUGCAGACAAGUGACAGUGGCACCGUUAAUAUUGACUUUGAUAAUAACGAAAUACCCGCAACAGACACUAUUGGCAUCCCAAAUCCCACAUGUACGGCGAUUGCUAUCUUACUGCAUUACUUCCUCUUGGUGACAUUUGCCUGGAAUGGACUCAGUGCUACACAGCUCUAUUUCCUCCUAAUUAGGACCAUGAAGCCCCUUCCUCGACAUUUCAUUUUGUUCAUUUCAUUAAUUGGAUGGGGUGUCCCGGCCAUAGUAGUGGCCAUAACUGUGGGAAUUAUCUAUUCUCAGAAUAGGAAAGACUCACAAUGGGAGUUAGACUACCGGCAAGAGGAAAUCUGCUGGCUGGCAAUUCCAGAAAGCAAUGAUUUUAUAAAAAGUCCAUUUCUGUGGUCAUUCAUCAUACCCAUAACCUUUAUUCUCAUUGGCAAUGUUGUUAUAUUAAUUAUAAUCACAGUCAAAGUGCUGUGGAAGAAUAACCAGAAUCUGACAAGCACAAAAAAGUUAUCAUCUAUAAAGAAGAUUAUUAGCACAUUUUCUAUUGCAGUUGUUUUUGGAAUUACCUGGAUUCUGGCAUAUUUUAUGUUAAUUAAAAAUGAUGACAUCAGACUGGUCUUCAGCUAUGUUUUCUGCAUUUUCAACACUACUCAGGGAUUGCAAAUUUUUAUCCUCUAUACUGUUAGAACAAAAAUCUUCCUGAGUGAAGCUUCCAAGGUGUGGAAGUCACUGUCAUCGUCGACUGGGAGGGUGAAGUCGCUGCCUGCGAUGACUCCGCUACGGCUGCGAGUGAGGAUGUACAACAUGCUCAGGUCCAUUCCUGCGCUACAUGAACGCUUCAGACUGCUGGAGCCAUCGGUUUCUGAGGACCUCACACUCUCUGAAAGUGACCUAGCAAACUCAAACAUCUAG